AUUGGUUAUAUGGGCUCAAUAAAUAUUCAAAAGUUAAUUGAAAAUAUAUUAAUCCACCAAUUUUACGUUGUCGUAUAUUACGUGUUUUUUUUACAGUGCACAAAUAGUUCAUGAAAAUGAAGUUUUAGAAGUAAAUAUGUGUUUUCUCUUUUCAGUUAUAGUCAUUAAUACUUCAAUUCAAGGUUAUAAUUUAAAAAUAAAAAAAACAAGUGUAUCAAAGCUAUUAUUUAUCCACAAAUCUGACACUUUUGCUUCCUCACGUCUUUACAUGAUCUAAUGACCUCGUUUGGGCGCAGGAACUCAGUCACAGUUGGUGUUCUGGUCUCGUGGCUGUGAAGGUCGUGAGUGAACCUCGUGUGGAAAGAGCCCCAGGAGGAGGAGCAGCUGUGAGACGUGGGAACAGAUCCGGGUCACGCGGCUCAGAGUGGACAGUUGCAUGAUGGGAGUCGAUGAUAGCAGCCGUGGUUCCCGGAGAGAUGCUGUUGACUCCAAACCUGACGUCGUUCAAACGACAGGAAGCUUCAAUCUGAGCGAACACUGCACCUCCUCAGAAACAGAGACCUCACAGGAGGAGAACUCACUCCGCCUUGAAUCGGCGUCUCUUGGCGACAGCGGCGUGGGUGCUGAUGAUGACAAUGAUGAUGGAGGAGGAGGGAGGAGCGACAGGGCAGCGAGCUGUGAGGACGAUGGAGAGGGACACCUGGUCUACCACGUCGGCCUCGUGAUGAAAGACAGAUACCAGGUGGUUUCUCCACUGGGAGCUGGAGCCUUUGGAAAAGUAGUGAAGUGCAUCGACAGAGAAACAGGCGAGCAUGUCGCUGUGAAGAUUGUGAGGAACAUCGAUUGUUUCCGCGAAGUCGCGAGGUCCGAGAUCGCAGUGUUGGAGGAGAUCAACGCGCUGGAUGACGACAACAGAUUCGCUUGCGUGCGGAUGCUGGACCGCUUCGACCACGAGGGUCACGUCUGCAUCGUGUUCGAGCUGCUCGGCCUCAGCACCUUCGAGUUCCUGCGACAGAAGCACUUCAGGCCGUACACCGUGGAGCAGAUCCGUCACAUGGCCUUCCAGAUCUUCAGAGCCAUCUGCUUCCUGCAUCGUAACAAGCUGACACACACAGACUUAAAGCCAGAGAACAUCCUGUUUGUGAACGACCAGAAGGAAAUAAAGCUGAGGAGUCCGGAUGUGAAGGUGGUAGAUUUUGGCACGGCCACGUUUGACCAUGAACAUCAUGAAUCUGUGGUGUCGACACGACACUACCGAGCUCCCGAGGUCAUACUGGAUCUCGCCCAGUCAUGUGACGCUUGGAGUCUGGGCUGCGCUUCUCAUGGAAUAAAGAUUGACUUCCUGUCCUUUCAGACCCACAACAGUGAAGAACAUCUGGCCAUGAUGGAGAAAGUCCUCGGACCAAUUCCGUCCCACCUGCUGAAACAGACCAGAAAGCAGCACUACGUGCACAAUGAGCGCCUGAACUGGGACGAGAGCAGCUCAUCCGACGACUACAUCGGGAAACACUGCAAACCACUGACGCAGUGCAUGCAGAGGAAGAGCGAAGAGGAGCAGCAGCUGCUGGACCUGGUCGCCUGCAUGUUGGAGUACGACGUGUGCCGACGCAUCACCCUGGAGGAGGCGCUGUGGCACCCGUUCUUCAGCCCUGUGCGGGCGCAGAAGCAGAGGACACUCAGUUAAUGACCGACUGCGACUGACGGACGUGUUCCUCCCUCCUCAAAACAACAAAUGCUGUGUUUCUAUGAAGGUACGGACCAGUUUGGAAUGGUAAGUCCUGAGUCAGGCUUGUGUUUCGACAGACGGGGCGCGGGUGCGCUGUGUGACGUCGUACUGGGACAACAAACAAUGACAAUGGAGGAGGGGCAUCCAGUUGUUGGUCUCGACAAGACUAUACCAAACCGAACCCGUCCACUUGUUCCAAACACGAACAAAGAAUCAAACAAAUGAAUCGCUACCGACAAAAACCUGUCCCAGAAGUCGUUGUCUGCUGGAGACAUGUGACUGAUCAUCCACACGGCUUUUCACUGUCCACUGGACACUCAAUCUCAAGGACGGAAGGAAAAAGACAUUUGGCCUCUUAAGAAAAGGCUCGCCUCAUAAACUCGACUCCUGCCUGCGUUUGCAACAUCUUAACAACACGCUUGCUCAAGUUUGUAAACCACUCACGCUCCCGCACCAAAGUCCACAGAGAAAACCAGUGAUUUUAGCUCAUAGGGACACAGGAGCUGCUGGUCUACUGCUGCCCCGUGUGGUCACUUUGUGUCACUGAGGUAAAACGGAACGAAGGACUUUAAACACUAAAGGCACAAAAUAAAACAUUUAGUGAUGUAAAAUCGCUGAUUUUCUCUCUGGACUUUGGCGUAAAGGUCUGCGUGACUGCAAGGAACGUACUAUUAAGAUAUUGCAGACUUCAGCAAACACAGAUUUUCGUUGGCGGGUGAUUGGUCCUUCUUUUCCUGGGUCAGAGGAGCCUCAGGGGUCGGGAACCGCGUCCACUGCAGGAGGCAGCUCCCAAAGUGACACACAGCCGGAUCUACUUGUGUAUGUCUUGCAUCUACCUCAGAGUGUUGAUGUUUAUUGUUGUGAAUAUUUUUUCGGUGACAUUUACAGUCACACUGUCAGUUGUGGAGAGCAUUCCUGUUUAUAUUUUAAAGUGCACGUCGCUGAGUGAUGUCAUGUUCUGGCGUCUUGUUGUUGUGUUGGCAGUUUUUUAACAAAUGUUUUUGCAUUUAGGGAAAUCCUACUUCUCAUUUGCAACCCGAAUACUGUGACUGGAUUAUUACAUUCAGCCAUUAUUUCUAAUAACUUUGCUUAAGUACCCUCAAGUAUAAGUGACAAAUGUGUAAAUUGGAUGUAAAACCCUCAAAAAAACAGCAUAGAUCGCGUACUAGAGGAAGAGCGAGGCAUAGGAUAAACAUCUUAUCAUCUAGGUCACAGUCGGGGCCAAUGAGCAUCUCAAAAGCAAGUGGGCAAUAUGAUCUUAACAGAUUAUCACACAAUUAUUCCAUCAUAAUAUCUCAAUAAAGAUAUACAUGAUGAUAUCAAACAGAAUUCCAAAGAUAUGGAAUGAUGUUAACUUUGCUAUAAAAACAAAUGUGUGAUACAAAAAUCCAUCCAUUAUCGAAUACAGUAAGUAAAUAACAACGUUGACGACUGUAAUUCAAACAUCAAACAAGCUUAUAAAUGUGAUUUAAUGUUGAAUGUAAUACAUUUAAUACUGCGACAAUUACAAGCAAAUGUUCCGGGGUUUGACACCUCUGAUUUAGGUUGCCUGAUUAUACAUUUGCAAGACUUUUAUGAUCAAUUUGAAAUGGUUUUCUGGCCAGAUUCACUCGCAGCAUGUGUGGAAAAGAGAGUUGCCAGUUUCCCGAGGCUCCAUAUUCCUGGAGAAUGGAAAGAAUAACAUAAACGACAGAACUGAGCUUUCAUGUGACAUAGACGUUAUAAAUCAACAGCCUUUUUUUUUUUUUUAAACUUUAUACACAAGAAAGUAAAAGAUGAAUUUCUGUAUGAAAAGCAAUAACCUCACAUAACACAUGGCAAAACAACCAAAGGUGAAUGACCUCUUACUCCCGCUCAGCUAAUUGCGCUUAAUCUCUCGUGCUAAAGUAAAUGUUAGCCGUUUAAUUCCACCUAUACACGUCUUUGUUGAUAUAGACCGCUGACACGUGAAAGUGGGCGACAUUUAUCAAGAUUCAAGCAGCCGAGGAAGUUUCCAUGAGUGAAUAAAUGAUGCCGCUGUAAAAUAUUACAUGAGCAGAUAAGGGCGCGCCUCAGAUAAGCGGCGAGCUCGUCUGUGUCCUGAAAAACAUCGGCUUAAAGCUGCUCGACCACGCGGACGUAAUAAAGCAGGAGAAGGCAAAGAGAAUCUGAGGGACCAAUCGCUUGGUUUGUGCGUAACCUCAUUAGUUCCCGUCCGUCUCACGACCUUGGCUGCCAUUACUGUAUGUCACGGCACGGAUGAAAAGUUAGGUCAAAAAAGCCAAACACUGACACACACUGGGACACGAAUGUUGUUUUUGGUUUUAGCCUCUGUCGAAUCCAGAAUCGUAAUCAUUUUUAAGUCAGUAGGCAUUUCUCAGUGUGCGUACUUGUCUGUACUUGCGUACUCUCGUCCGGUCCUGAUCCCUCUGCGUUUGCUAAUUACAGGCCAAUCUCCAAACUACAGUCUUUUUUAGACAGAAAUAAGUUUAAACCCUAAACAGCACAGAGUCUGCACUGUUAAUGACAUAUUCUUAGCCACUGAUUCUGGUAACUAGGUUAUCCUUGUGCUGAUUUAUUUGACCGCUGAUUUUGGUACAGCUGAUAAUACAUUGUCUUGAGCACUGGGUGGACAUUAAAGGAGCCGCCCUGGACUGGUUUCGGUCCCACCUGGCUAAGAGAA